AUGGAUGGCGACCGCUCGCCGCCCUCCGUCCUCGACACUUUUCCUACCGCCCUCACGCCGUCUCCGACCGUCAACUCGCUCCCGAGUCCUGGCUUCUACCUGGCGUCUCUUCUCACUCUGUUCGUCGUCCCGUCGCAGUCUCACGUCCCCGCGCCCUGCCCGCCAGCAGCCACGAUGCGCCAGUCACUCGCCCGCCCGCCUGCUGCCUGUCCAGUCGUGCGUCUGUCUACGCAUCUACUCAUCCACAACUUGCUCAUUGCCCACUCACUCAUCGCAGUAUCACUCCACUUACUCCCUGGCUUGCCCGUCCAAUCUCCGGCCUACUCAUGCACUGGCCUGUCCACCUACCCACGUAUUGGCAUGCCCGCCUACAUGCUUGCCUACCCUACCUGCCCGCGUAUUGACCUGACCACGCGCCCACAUAUCCGCUACCGCCCGCGCGCCCGCAUACUCAUCUUUGCGUCCCUCAUAGUACAUAACCCGGCGCUCAUUAACUUUACUCAUGGACCAUGGUUUGCAUGA